AAGGAUAUUCCUAUCCUUCAUUAGGGCAUAUCGCAGCUGUCGCCCCCUCCCCAUCGUUGGCGUCAUCCGAAGUUGCGAUUGCCAUCCUCUCCACCUGCGCGCGCUCCCGCCACUUCCUUUCCUCCACUCCAAAUCUCCAAACCUAGCAGCCCCUCCUGCGCAAGCUGUGGCGGUGACGGCAGCUACCAAUCUCGCCCCGCUCGUUUCCGCCGCCUCCCGUAUUUGCGUGAACGUGGAGUCAAGAGGCAUUGCCAGGCGUCCUCUCGAAAAGCCGGCGUGCUCUGGGGCGGGACGGGGGAGAAGCGAUUCUUUCCACAGAGCUCGUUUAUCUGUGCUAGGAGGGGUCUGGACGAUUCCCCCUCUUCUCCAUUUCAUCUGGAAGCGUCUCAAGCGCGUCGCAGCAGAGGCAGGGAAUUCACUCAGCCCCGAAAAAUCGAGGUGACAAAAUAGAUAGCUACGCAUGUCAAAAAUCUAUUUGAUCUCCUACUUGCUGCAGAGUUUGCUUCUCAGCUGAUCUCAGAAUGGAUAGUAGCAAGAAAGAGAUGCUGGAUCAGAAGCCUCUCUUGGAAGUGCAAGUAUUACUCUCCAUGGAUUCUGCUCCGGAUAGAGUCAUGGGUGGAGGAGCAGAGGGACUUACAAGGGAAAAGAUACCCUGGGAAAUGAUCACCCCUGUUUACAGCUUUUGAGGAGCAAUAAGUUUUGACCUGCUAUUCUAGCAUGCUACUAUGGUUGAUGCCUGACAAUUUUUUUAAUUGCUGAAGAACUUGAUGAACUGCUGCCAAGAAGCCCAUAAGGAAGAUUAUCUACAAGCCAGUGAGGGCCUUCUCAUUCUUCAAGAAGGACAUUAAUAGCGGAAAAACUAAACAAUUAUAACUGAAAUGAAGGUCUUCUCAAAGAUACUAUCAGAAAUGCUAACGACAGGCUUAGUCAGAAGGUGAAUACUAUGGGAAUCAGCAAAGGAUCUUUCUGCUAGUGGAAAUCUUGAUUCUAUAUGCAGCAAAAAAUUCAGAACCGAUGAUUGCUGUACUUUUGAGUGAUCAGAACUUGAAGGUAUCAGAUGAAAUAUCAAGUUCAUCUGUUAUUGCCUUACUGGAAUUUAUUUUAUAAUUAAGAUUUACUGCCAACAAUUUAAAGAGAUUUCAUCUGUGACAAAUGUAAGGCUGGCCCUUGGAGCAAUACCACAAAGUGGGAAGAAAAGGGUGGGUGGUUCCAUCAUCUCAACAUGGUGCUUCCACCCCCAGAUAAGCGUCACGUAUGUCUUACCACCUUUGUUAUUAUGACCAGCAUGGCAUUCAUGGAUGCUUAUCUGGUAGAGCAGAACCAAGGGCCUCGUAAAAUUGGUGUCUGCAUCAUUGUCCUGGUAGGAGACAUUUGCUUUUUGAUUGUGCUGCGCUAUGUGGCGGUCUGGGUGGGGGCUGAGGUGAAGACAGCCAAACGGGGCUAUGCUAUGAUUCUUUGGUUCCUCUAUAUCUUUGUGCUGGAAAUCAAACUGUAUUUUAUAUUCCAGAACUGUAAGGCUGAUAAGAGAAAUCUGGAGACAGUGGCUAGAAAGGCACUGACCUUGCUUCUCUCCAUUUGUGUGCCAGGAUUGUACCUAGUGCUAGUAGCCUUGGACAGUAUGGAAUAUAUACGUACCUUUCGGAAGAAAGAGGAUUUGCGAGGGCGUCUCUUCUGGGUGGCUUUGGACUUAUUGGAUAUCUUAGAUAUUCAAGCCAACCUGUGGGAGCCACAUAAGACUGGUUUGCCAAUCUGGGCAGAAGGACUCAUGUUCUUCUAUUGCUACAUACUGCUCCUGAUCCUGCCCUGUGUUUCUUUGAGUGAAAUUAGCAUGCAAGGAGAGCAUAUUGCUCCCCAGAAAAUGAUGCUCUACCCUGUCCUGAGCCUGGUGACCAUAAAUAUGGUUACCAUAUUCAUCCGAGCCAUUAAUAUGGUCCUAUUUCAAGACAGCAGAGUCUCUACAAUCUUUAUUGGCAAGAAUAUAAUUGCCAUUGCUACCAAGGUCUGCACAUUCCUAGAGUACAAGAAGCAAGUGAAGGAGUUCCCACAAAAUGCCAUUGCACUUGAGCUCCAGCAGAACUCAGUGCCCCACAAUCAGACCCUCCACAGUACACAAGGCCUUCCUCAUGAACCAUCCCCCACCAGGGAGAUUUUGGACACAUGAUGGGUCUCUUCUUAAAUAUCAGCAUUGGUUCUUGUUUUCUUGGGUGGAGGGAAGGGGUGAAGAAAUAAUUCUGCUCUCAUCCCAGCAUAGAGAGCUGUUUCCAGCACAAGAUUUUAACAAAUGGAGGAACAUCCCUUGCAACUCAGGUAUUUAAUAGGGGCCCUUUGGAAAGAAAGCAGAACCAAUGGACCUUCCAAGCAGAACCUCAUCCACUCCAGCAUCUGAUCUUUUCUAUCUGUUUGUUAUCUGUGCUUCAACUUGUAAGGAAUGAUAAUUUUUGUUAUUACAACCUUUUUUAAAGAAAGAGACAGGGUGGGAUGGGGCAGGAUGGGAGAAUCAGGACUGGCACUUCAGUCAGCGCAUCAAUAUAUUGAAUCCUAUUGGAAAUGCUUAUUGUGUUUACAGUUUCAAAGAAAACAAAAACAAAAAAAGAUCCCGUAAAGUCGCUGCAGAAAAUUGGAUUUUGGACAGUUUUUUAAAUCUUUGCUAAGUAGAUCUUUUGCUCUGUUCAGUUCUACUUAGCAAGCAGCAGCCUCACUCAUUUGACCAGGAAAGUUCUAACAUUGCCAAAGCCAGCCAGCCCUUCAAAAAAUCUUGUUAAACAUCACAUCUCAUAUUUUAAGAACAUUCUGUUAUAAAUCAUUUAUAAAAUGAUUCAGUGCAAGAUUUCUGUUUUUCAAAAAACAAGUAUUUCUGUUUCAUUCACAUGUAUGCACACUUCAAUUCUGAUGGCAUGAAGUUCCAGAGUAUUUCAGGCUACACUGAGCUGGGGAAAUAUACAGGUAGCACUAUAAAUGGAAACUGAGAUUUUCAGAAUGAUGAACAUUCACUUUUAUUCUAGCAGCAGCUUAAUUUAUAACUGUGCUGCUUUCAUGUGAACUACACAGGCCGCCUUUAAAAUAAGGCAUGGGAUAAAUAAGUUAUCAUUGCCCUUUAGGCAAGAACUAUUGGGACACAAAACAGAGCAACAGUUUCCCAGCAAAAACGAUGCACAAGCCUGAAAGCAAUGCAAGACUACUUUUUUUCUCAGUGAUGCCUCAUUCUCUCACUGGUUGUCUUGAUUACAUACCCAACAGAUUUUUCCAGUGAAUGUCAAUUCUGCAUCGGAGAUAUCAUUUGGCCAUGCUUAUCUAUUCCUCAUUUAGCAACUUGAAACAAGGAAUCAAAUUUGAUCUCUUUCCAUAAUAUCCCCAUAAAAUAUAUAGUCAAUCUUACAGUGCUGGGAUUUACUAUAUGCUUUUAAAGCUCAGUCUUGUCAUUAAGCAACUAUAUGAACAUUCGGCCUAUAUAUCGAAACUAUUCAAUUUGUUCAUUAUAGUGGAGAAUCAAAGCAAAAGAACUGGCAGAAGAGAGUUUAACAUUCCUGCUGUAUAAAGUAGCCAUUUUCUCAGCCCAAAAAAAAAAAAAAAAACAGUGGAGAGGAAUGUAAAGGGAAGAGGCAGUAGGAACUUAUGCUUUGAAGAUAUUACAUAUCCCGAAACAUGCAAAAGGAUAAUGCAGUCUUGCUCUGCAUGGAUCUGGGGCAAGGUAUUGGGCAUUAACCAAGUCACUACCUACACUGAGCUUACUGCUUUUACCAGUUUGCUAAUUUUAGACUCCCCAAACAUGUUCAGGGUGUUGCUAUCCCAUGAAGAUGCUUAGUGAAUUUCAUUAUUUUGUCAAUCAUCUGGGAUCUGUGUGAUGCAGCUCCAAAGAGUUUAGUCACACCUAGGCCUGUGCAUUUCAUUUUGUUUGAAGAUCAUUCUCUUUCUAUAUAAUAAAGGGUUCUGGAUCCCCACCCACCAAGCAUGUUCUUUUACAUGUAUAUUUUCCUUUUGUGGUCAUUGUUGCUCUUGCUUCACUACCCAGAAGUUAGCAUGACCUCUAUUAACACCAAAGGUAAGAGCAAUGAGUUAACUUUUGAACAAAAAGUCUUUGUUUUCUUUCUAGUCUAUGCGAAUAUGACAUUAAUUGAUUAGAGCAGACAAGAUCCAUAAACCACUUUGUGACAGGAAACCCUUUCAACAUAAGUUCAUCAGAAGAGUGUAUGUGGUUCAAUAAUUUGAGAAGGUACAAAGAAAAUAACUGAUUCCAAAUAGCAUUUCAUGUGCCACAAAGUAGCACUAAGAAAGGGCAAUGAUGAUAUCCAUAAAUAAGGAUUUUAUUUUAUCAA